ACCGCCAGGGCCUCGCGGGUCUCUACCGAGACCAUUCCAUGCUCACUUUCGAAACAGCCUCUGUCCAAGGUGUCAGUGCGAUUAUUGAGAAACUGAGCAACCUACCCUUCCAAAAGGUCCAGCAUCAGGUCGCUACUUUGGAUUCCCAGCCCUCUAGCGAACAAGGCGGCAUUCUAGUCCUUGUUACAGGUGCUCUGCUGGUCGAUGACGAGAAGAAGCCCAUGAACUACACACAGACUUUCCAGCUCCAACCUGAUGGUGCUGGAAGCUACUUCGUCUUCAACGAUAUCUUCCGCCUGAUCUACAACGCUGCUUAAGAGAUGUUCCAUGAGAUCUAGAA